GAGCGAGCAAGCAAGCGCGCAGCCGGCCCGGGCUCCCCUCCCAGCGCCGAGCCCUGGGCCCUGGCAGACGCCCCAAGAUUGUUGUGAGGAGUCUAGCCAGUUGGUGAGCGCUGUAAUCCGAACCAGCUGUGUCCAGACCGAGGCCCCAUUUGCAUUGUUUAACAUACUUAGAAAAUGAAGUGUUCAUUUUUAACAUUCCUCCUCCAAUUGGUUUAAUGCUGAAUUACUGAAGAGGGCUAAGCGAAACCAGGUGCCGGCGGCCAGGGCUCUCCAGAGGCUCGGAGCACCCCGCGCGCUGGCCCGGCCCUCGGCCCCCCGAAGCCCCCCGCGAGCCCCGGGCGCAGCGCAGCGCAGGCUCCCGGCUCCCUCCCGCCAAGCGUCUUCUCGCGGUCGCCUCUCCUCGGCGCGCACCUCGGACAUGCCAGGGCUAACGAGGAUACUCACGGUUACCAUCCUGGCUGUCUGGCUUCCACAUCCUGGGAAUGCACAGCAACAGUGCACCAACGGCUUUGACCUGGAUCGCCAGACAGGACAGUGUUUAGAUAUCGAUGAAUGCAGGACCAUCCCAGAGGCCUGCCGCGGAGACAUGAUGUGUGUCAACCAGAACGGCGGCUAUCUGUGCAUCCCCCGGACCAACCCAGUUUACCGAGGGCCUUACUCGACUUCCUAUUCCAACACGCCCUACUCGGGUCCAUACCCAGCAGCCGCCCCGCCGGUACCAGCUUCUAACUACCCUACGAUUUCAAGACCGGCUGUCUGCCGCUUUGGAUACCAGAUGGAUGAAGGCAAUCAGUGCGUGGAUGUGGACGAGUGUGCGACAGAUUCCCACCAGUGUAACCCUACCCAGAUCUGCAUCAACACCGAAGGAGGGUACACUUGCUCCUGUACUGAUGGCUACUGGCUUCUUGAAGGCCAGUGCCUAGACAUUGAUGAAUGUCGCUAUGGUUACUGCCAGCAGCUCUGUGCAAAUGUUCCUGGAUCCUAUUCCUGUACAUGCAACCCUGGCUUUACCCUCAAUGAGGAUGGGAGAUCUUGCCAAGAUGUGAACGAGUGUGAAACCGAGAACCCCUGCGUGCAAACCUGCGUCAACACCUAUGGCUCAUUCAUCUGCCGUUGUGACCCAGGCUAUGAACUGGAGGAUGAUGGCAUUCGAUGCAGCGAUAUGGAUGAGUGCAGCUUCUCCGAGUUCCUCUGUCAACACGAGUGCGUGAACCAGCCAGGCUCAUACUUCUGCUCCUGCCCCCCGGGCUAUGUUCUGCUGGAUGACAACCGAAGCUGCCAGGAUAUCAAUGAGUGUGAACAUCGAAAUCAUACAUGCACCCUGCUGCAGACGUGCUACAACUUGCAAGGGAGCUUCAAAUGCCUUGACCCCAUCCGCUGCGAGGAGCCGUAUCUGCUGAUUAGUGAUAACCGCUGUAUGUGUCCCGCUGAGAACCCUGGCUGCAGAGACCAGCCCUUCACCAUCUUGUUCCGGGACAUGGAUGUGGUAUCAGGACGCUCCGUUCCCGCUGACAUCUUCCAGAUGCAAGCAACAACCCGUUACCCUGGGGCCUAUUAUAUUUUCCAGAUCAAAUCUGGGAAUGAGGGUCGAGAGUUCUAUAUGCGGCAAACAGGUCCCAUCAGUGCCACCCUGGUGAUGACGCGUCCCAUCAAAGGGCCCCGAGACAUCCAGCUGGACUUGGAGAUGAUUACUGUCAACACUGUCAUCAACUUCAGGGGCAGUUCUGUGAUCCGGCUGCGAAUAUACGUGUCACAGUACCCGUUCUGAGCCUCGGGCUAUGGCCUCUGACACUGCCUCUCACCAGCACCAAGGGAUGGGAGAAGAGAGGAAGCCAGAAAGAAUGAAUGAGAGCGAGACAGACGCUGCGCCUUUCCUGCUGAACUUUCCCCUGGGGCGUCAGUGUGGUGUCCUGACCCCCACCUUACUAGUGCACACGGUCACUCUGAACGACCUCCCUUCCCCCAGUUCCCACGGUGCAGUUACCAGAAAGUAUUAUAUCUCCUUGGGCACCUCACGUGAGAUCGUCGGUGACUCUUGGAGGCCUUCAGUUUAUUUCCAGCUGUUUUGUUUUGCCCCCGCCCCCCACACGCACCAGAAUGUAGAUUAGGUUUGCAGGGCGUGAGUCUGUUUGGAGACGGAACAGCCGGCUCGCACCUCUCCUGCUCCCUUCCUCGUCUCUCGCUGCAUUGCCGCUUCGCAAAGGCCCUAAGAACGCCAGGCAGAGCUAGCUUGCUUCGUGCGUGUGCUGAGAAGGCUGUGCAGACAAAGCACAGCAGGAUCUAAGGGUUUUCGAGAGUAUUUCAAAAACCACGUCUGGUAUUUUCAGUGGUAAAAGAAGUUGUAGUUGUCCUUAAAAUUUGUAUAGCUGUUUAAACCUUUCCUUGUUCAUCUUGAGUACUUCUUUUAAAAGUGGUUAAAAAAAAAUCCCUUCAAAAGGCCUCAGACACAAGCUAUGUUCUGUCUUCCCAACCCCAGCCUCCCCCGCCACCCUAGCCGCCCAAUUUUUUUUGAGGACCCCAUAAUCAUGCUUUCUUUAGGAUUUUUACCCAACUGGGUUGGAAGGCAAAGGUCUCUGAACUGAUUAAAUAUUUGAAGAGGU